GGGAGGAGGGAUAGACAGAGAGAGCGAGAGACAGAGAGAGAGGCCGUUCCAACGGCCGCCAACUCCACCUCCAACAUCUGGUUGGUCAGGGCACAACCCCAGGAAAUUUUCCAAUUCUCCACACCCUCCUUCAUUUUCUUUUUUCCUUUUUCUUUUUCUUUUUCUUUUUUAAAUUCUAUUUUCUCAAGAAACUGACAGAAAAAAAAAAAAAUCCCAGUUUUUGAACGCCUGUAAGCCUGCAUCACCAUCAUUUUCUUUUGGUGGGGUGUUGCCUCUCUUUUGGAAUGUUCAAGUGAUGGUGUUUGCAGGCGGAGAAGGUAAAUUAUAGUAUUGAGGUUUUGUUUGAUUUUUUUUUUCCUGGUUUUUGGGUUUUUUGGGUUUUGGGUUGAAUUUGGGUGUUGAAAAGGAAGAUGCAGCAUAAUAUAUUUACUACGAUGCGGAGCUUGAAGCUCAUUGAUGGGUGUAAGGGCACGCAAAUUUAUGCUCUUAAUCCGUCUAACACCACUAUCACCGGUGGUGGAGGUGGAGGUGGAGGUGGAGGAGUUGGAGGAGGAGGAGGUGGUGUGGGAGAGAAGCUCCUACACCACCUUCAUGAUCAUCUAGGGGUGAACACGGCUCGGUAUAAAUCGAAUCAGAAUUGUCAAGCUGUAGUUGACACCCUCCUCCCUCAUGGCCUCCCCAAGGCUGAUCUCUUGGAGCCCCAAAUUGAACCUUACCUUAAAUCCGUGAAUUUCGUCGAAACCCUAGCUGAUGUUUAUCGUCGAACUGCGAACUGCCCUCAAUUCGAGAAAUCGGAGGCGUAUCUUGAGCAAUGUGCGAUUUUUCGGGGCCUCCCCGAUCCAAAACUGUUCCGGCGGAGCCUCCGGUCCGCAAGGCAGCACGCUGUUGAUGCACAUUCGAAGGUUGUGAUCUCUGCUUGGUUGAAGUAUGAGAGAAGAGAAGAUGAGCUUAUUGGGACGUCCGCUAUGGAAUGUUGCGGUCGCAAUGUUGAAUGCCCUAAGGCUGCUUUGGUGUCUGGGUAUAAUCCUGAAUCAGUCUAUGAUCCUUGUGUGUGUUCCAGAACACCUCAGGAAGAUGUUGAUGAUGAAGGGUCGGUAGGGGAUGAGGAAUGUUCAACCUCUGAGGAAGAUGGAGAUAUGUCAUUUUGCAUCGGAGAAGAGGAGGUGAGAUGCGUUCGGUAUAAUAUUGCUGGGCUGUCAAGACCGUUUAAGGCUAUGCUAUAUGGUAGCUUUGUGGAGUCCAGACGGGAGAGGAUAAAUUUUUCGCAUAAUGGGAUCUCAGCUGAGGGAAUGAGAGCAGCUGAGAUAUUUAGCAGGACAAAAAAAGUAGAUUCUUUUGAUCCAAAAAUCGUUUUGGAGCUUCUCUCUUUGGCAAACAAGUUUUGUUGUGAGGAGAUGAAAUCGGCCUGCGAUGUUCAUUUGGCGUCUCUAGUAGGUGACAUUGAGAGUGCUAUGUUGUUUAUUGAAUAUGGAUUAGAGGAGACUGCAUAUCUUCUUGUGGCUGCUUGCUUACAGGUGUUCUUGAGAGAGCUUCCGAAUUCCUUGAACAAUCCCAAUGUUGUAAAAUUCUUUUGUAGUGUGGAGGCUAGGAAAAGGUUGGCUGUAGUGGGCCAUGCUUCUUUUCUGUUGUUUUACUUCCUGAGCCAGAUAGCUAUGGAGGAUGACAUGAAAUCAAACACGACGGUAAUGUUGCUGGAGAGGCUGGGGGAGUGUGCAACAUCAAGUUGGCAGAAGCAACUUGUGAAUCACCUGUUGGGUUGUGUGAUGCUUGAGAGGAAUGAGUACAAGGAUGCCCAACAUUGGUUUCAGGCAUCAGCUGAGGCGGGUCAUGUUUAUUCAUUAGUGGGUUUUGCAAGGGCCAAGUAUAGGCGGGGCCACAAGUUUUCAGCAUACAAGCAGAUGAACUCCCUCAUAUCGGAUUAUACACCUGUUGGGUGGAUGUAUCAAGAGCGAUCUCUGUAUUGUCUUGGGAAGGAGAAGAUGAUGGAUCUAAAUACUGCAACUGAAUUGGAUCCUACUCUUUCUUUUCCAUACAUGUACAGGGCUGUUUUGAUGGUAGAGGAUAAAAAGAUUGGAGCAGCCAUCUCAGAAAUCAACAAGAUAAUUGGCUUUAAGGUCUCUGCUGAGUGCCUAGCCCUGCGUGCUUGGUUUUCAAUUGCCAUGGAGGACUAUGAUGGAGCUCUUAGAGAUGUACGGGCACUUCUAACCUUGGAACCAAAUUACAUGAUGUUCAAUGGGAAAAUGCCUGCUGACCAAUUGGUAGAGCUCCUCCGCCAUCAUGCCCAGCAAUGGAAUCAGGCUGAUUGUUGGAUGCAACUGUAUGAUCGGUGGUCCUCUGUUGAUGAUAUUGGUUCGCUAGCUGUUGUACAUCAGAUGUUGGCAAAUGACCCUGGAAGGAGCCUUCUUUGGUUUCGUCAAUCUCUCCUUCUCUUGCGAUUAAACUCUCAGAAGGCUGCAAUGCGUAGUCUGCGUUUGGCUAGAAAUUAUUCUAGUUCUGAGCAUGAAAGGCUUGUUUAUGAGGGAUGGAUAUUGUAUGACACUGGUCAUCGUGAAGAAGCAUUAGCUAAGGCUGAGGAGUCCAUUUCAAUCCAGAGAUCAUUUGAAGCUUUUUUCCUAAAAGCAUAUGCUUUAGCAGAUUCAAGUCUUGAUUCUGAGUCUUCACUGUAUGUCAUUGAACUUCUGGAGGAAGCCCUAAAAUGCCCUUCAGAUGGCCUUCGAAAAGGACAAGCAUUAAAUAAUCUUGGAAGUGUCUAUGUAGACUGUGAAAAUCUCGAUCGUGCUAGAGUCUGCUACAUCAAUGCCCUCACCAUCAAGCACACACGAGCACAUCAGGGUUUGGCUCGUGUAUAUCAUCUCAAAAAUCAACGCAAACAUGCGUAUGAUGAAAUGACAAAGCUGAUAGAGAAGGCACGGAACAAUGCAUCAGCUUAUGAGAAACGUUCAGAGUAUUGUGACCGUGACAUGGCAAAAAAUGAUCUUAGUAUGGCAACACAGCUAGAUCCUCUGAGGACAUACCCCUACAGAUACAGGGCAGCUGUUUGCAAUCCCAAAUUUUAUUUCCAGAAGUCAACACAUCAACCAGCCCCUUAUAAGGCAUGUAUCUGCUUAGGCCUGUAAUUUAUUGUAUAUUUAUCCCAAGGUUACUCGAGUCACAUCAGUUCCAUGACCUCAAAUUACAUGAUUUUAAAUUGAUUUAUCAUGUUUGAAAGUUAGGACUGUAUUAGUUAUACAAAUAAGUCAGCUUCUCAUAACAAAUUCUGAGUCCUAAUUAAAAUACUAUGGACUCAAAUGAUAUUCCACAGACAUCUAAAUGCGUCAUGAUAUCUUAAGUGGCUUCAAGCUGGUAUAAAAGAAGGGGGAAAUGAAACUAGAAUUGUCCAAUUCCAAGAAGAGUCUACAACCAAGCCCCCUCAACAUUCAUCCCUCUCUCCUUAGGUUUUGUUAUCGUAUCCAGUGGUGCUUGUGAUAAGUAUGUGGUCAUUCUCAUUAUAUUAUAUAUGGACUUCCACAACCUUGGUUGUUACUCAGUUAUUGCUUUAGCUGCAUUUAUGUGAAACGUACUAUGGAUGGUAUUUUUAACACCAUCCAGGCAGCUUAUAAAGACAUCAGCUAGUCAUAUCUUGAUCUAGGCAUUUCACUACUACAACCAGUUCAGUACACUCGAAGUUAUAUAUGCUGUUUAUGCAACAAUUUGAGUAAUUGGUGGGGCAAAUGAUUUGGGUAUUGGGGAGGUUGAAGCUAUUGACUAUGAUGAUCUGUGAGAUUGUUUUUAAAGGUCUUGUUAUGGGAAUCACUAACUUGAAGGAUAGCUUGAGUUGCUCUUCAGAAGUAUAAUUGUUUGGGAAUUAUCUUAUCAUUCAGUUGUGUGAUUGCAAAGAUUCUAGGACUGAAUUGAAGAAGACAUAUGAUUCUGAUGGAUGAGUUUGGAUUUGAGGAAAUAGUGGUGCUUAUGUUUCUCUGUGUCCUCUGUUAGUCUUCUUUUCCAGUAAGUUCUGUAUUUUCUCAUGCCAAUUUUCUUCAGAUUGAAAAUUUGUGGGAUUUCCAGUGGUUAGCAUAUAAUAUUAACUUGAAUUCUGUUACUAGUCAAAAUUCUUUUGUCACUUUCUGGCUUUGGUUUUCUUUUGACCUAUAAUAAAAAACUUUGUUAGUUCUAAAAAAUAAAAAAUAAAAGCAAUACUCAAGGGGUGCAUCCGACUUCAUGGGUUGCAUAAAACCUUUCCCUUUCCUCACUUUCCCCUGUAGUGUUUACAUGGGCUAGAAUACUAGGUUUAGGCUAUGUGGCAGAGUUGGACUUAUGGUUUAUUCUGUUGGCUAUGGUUUUAAAUCCUUUAAAUUGGGCAUAGAGGAGUUUGUUUGCUGUGUCCAUGAUCCUGAAUCAGCAGCCUUUUUGCUUCCCAUUAGCUUCACUUCUAAAAGAGAGUGAACAUUAGUUAAAGAGAAGUAGAAAGUUUUUUCUUUCCUUGGUUUUGUGAAGUUUGGUGAAGAAUAUUAUUAUUCUAUUAUGUUUAAUUUUACAUGCUAAUGGUAUUAUUAAGUUUUGAUCCCUUGAAUUUC